AGGUGGGCGGGUUUCCAUUGUUACUACAGAUACUCCGAGAAGUUUGCACCGACCUGCUGCAGCUGCACCUAUGAGUCUCCAUGUAAAUGAAUAGCCGCGGCCCGCGCGAGACAGACGAGCCGAUUAUGCCGAGAUAAGGAGCAUAUGACUCGCCCCUCCGUCCGAUAAUGGCACGCGAUGGUUCAUCCGCGGAGGAUUUCCCGGACAAAGUGAUGCCCAUAGCGGCUCCGUGCACGUGCAGCAAGAAGUGCAGGAGUCGGAGCAGCAGCGUUGUGUUCCUGGGAUUAUUCCUGCUGUCGCUGACCCUUCACGCUGUCACCCUCGUCUGCUAUUUGGACCUUCGGUCCCAGGUCAAAAGGGAAAUUAUUCACCAGAAGCGGGACUCAGUGAUGACACUGGCGGGGAGUGACCUGGCUGACCCGGCGGAGGUGCUCUCGCUCAGCCACCCAGUCCGACUGGACUCCGGCAGCAGCCGCGGAGGAGAGAGUCGUGAGGAGAAGUUACUGUACAGAAAAGCUGACUUCCACGGCACAGAGGAUAACAGGGGCAUAACUCAGCGAGCGAAAAGAAGCCCCGGCAAGGAGCCAGAAACAGAAUCAACUGGAAAGGAAAAAAGGAAAGAGAAAAAAAGAGUGAAAAAAAGGCCUGUGCCAGGACCACCUGGCCCUCCUGGUCCCCCAGGUCCACAGGGGCCACCGGGUAUCCCUGGAAUCCCAGGUAUUCCAGGAAGCAAUGUUGUGGGACCUGCAGGGCCUCCAGGACCUCCUGGGCCACAAGGACCACCAGGCGCUCAAGGUCCAGCAGGGGUUCCUGACAAGGGCAAAACAAAGGAAUUCCAGCCAGCAGUGGUUCACUUGCAGGGGCAGGAAACUACGAUCCAAGUCAGAGAAGAUCUGUCUCAAGGCAUCCUUAAGAAUUGGAAGAUGGUGUCCAUCCAUCACCGCGUGUUUAAAAUGCACUCUCGCACUGGGCAGCUAGAGGUGCUGUUGGACGGUGUCUACUUCAUAUAUAGUCAGGUAGAAGUGUACUACCUCAACUUCACUGACAUUGCCAGCUAUGAUGUGAUGGUGGACUCCAGCCCAUUCCUCCGCUGUACUUGCAGCAUUGAGACGGGCCAGCGCAAAUUCAACACCUGCUACACGGCUGGUGUGAGCCCACUCCGCGCUGGCCAAAAGAUCUAUAUACGCAUAGCUCAUGAGUACACACUCAUCAAUAUGACCAACCACACCACUUUCCUGGGAAGUGUCAGACUUGGAGAGGCUCCAUCUGCUGGACAGAACGGAUAACUGCACAGUCACCAGCACCCACCCCCAA